ACAAAAAAGCCCCGAAUGGCUGGAGGGCGUUCAACUGUUACCAGCCUUUUGGGGCAGAGCACGGAUUUGACAGCUCCACAACGUGAGGAUAUCCGCUGACCCCGCGAGACGGAGGAGAACGCUUCCCCGAAAUUCUCCGUCCACCAAAGCCAGCGCUAGUGAUUUUUGGGGACAUGCUGAAAGGUAACUGAAGACCGCAAAGGAAAAACUAUUGUCAUGGCUGAAGGAGAGAAUGAAGUGAGAUGGGAUGGACUGUGCAGUAGAGAUUCAACUGCUAGAGAGACAGCACUGGAAAACAUUAGGCAAACCAUUUUGAGGAAAAGCGAGUGUCUUCGUUCGGUGAAAGAAACACCUCAUCGUCCAUCAGACGGGCUUUCAAAUACCGAGUCUUCGGAUGGGUUGAAUAAGCUACUUGCUCAUCUGCUUAUGCUUUCUAAGAGGUGUCCCUUCAAAGAUGUAAGAGAGAAAAGUGAGUUUAUUCUGAAGAGCAUCCAGGAACUUGGCAUUAGAAUUCCUCGACCACUAGGACAGGGACCAAGCAGAUUCAUCCCAGAAAAGGAGAUCCUCCAAGUGGGGAGUGAAGACGCACAGAUGCAUGCUUUAUUUGCAGAUUCUUUUGCUGCUUUGGGCCGUUUGGAUAACAUUACAUUAGUGAUGGUUUUCCACCCACAAUAUUUAGAAAGUUUCUUAAAAACUCAACACUAUCUACUGCAAAUGGAUGGGCCGUUACCCCUACAUUAUCGGCACUACAUUGGAAUAAUGGCUGCGGCAAGACAUCAGUGUUCCUACUUAGUGAACCUGCAUGUAAAUGAUUUCCUUCAUGUUGGUGGGGACCCCAAGUGGCUCAAUGGUUUAGAGAAUGCUCCUCAAAAACUACAGAAUUUAGGAGAACUUAACAAAGUGUUAGCCCAUAGACCUUGGCUUAUUACCAAAGAACAUAUUGAGGGACUUUUAAAAGCUGAAGAGCACAGCUGGUCCCUUGCGGAAUUGGUACAUGCAGUAGUUUUACUCACACACUAUCAUUCUCUUGCCUCGUUCACAUUUGGCUGUGGAAUCAGUCCAGAAAUUCAUUGUGAUGGUGGCCACACAUUCAGACCUCCUUCUGUUAGCAACUACUGCAUCUGUGACAUUACAAAUGGCAAUCACAGUGUGGAUGAGAUGCCGGUCAACUCAGCAGAAAAUGUUUCUGUGAGUGAUUCUUUCUUUGAGGUUGAAGCCCUCAUGGAAAAGAUGAGGCAGUUACAGGAAUGUCGAGAUGAAGAAGAGGCAAGUCAGGAAGAGAUGGCUUCACGUUUUGAAAUAGAAAAAAGAGAGAGCAUGUUUGUCUUCUCUUCAGAUGAUGAUGAAGUUACACCAGCAAGAGAUGUAUCUCGUCAUUUUGAGGAUACUAGUUAUGGCUAUAAAGAUUUCUCUAGACAUGGGAUGCAUGUUCCAACAUUUCGUGUCCAGGACUAUUGCUGGGAAGAUCAUGGUUAUUCUUUGGUAAAUCGCCUUUAUCCAGAUGUGGGACAGUUGAUUGAUGAAAAAUUUCACAUUGCCUACAAUCUUACUUAUAAUACAAUGGCAAUGCACAAAGAUGUUGAUACCUCAAUGCUUAGGCGGGCAAUUUGGAACUAUAUUCACUGCAUGUUUGGAAUAAGAUACGAUGAUUAUGACUACGGUGAAAUUAACCAGCUAUUGGAUCGUAGCUUUAAAGUUUAUAUCAAAACUGUUGUUUGUACUCCUGAAAAGGUUACCAAAAGAAUGUAUGAAAGCUUCUGGAGGCAAUUCAAGCACUCUGAGAAGGUUCAUGUUAAUCUGCUUCUUAUAGAAGCUAGGAUGCAAGCAGAACUCCUUUAUGCUCUGAGAGCCAUUACCCGCUAUAUGACCUGAUGCCUUUCCUUCAUUAAAGAUGAUUCUGGAAUGAUCAGCAGAUAUAGUCUACAAGGGGAAGGUACUAAACCCCAGGACCAAUGGUAGACAAAAUAAUUCAGAAAUCCAUUGUGCCAUGAUUCCUUUAGUUUCUGCUAUUUUUCUGUGGAAAACCCACUGCUGGCACAAGCAGUGACUGUUUGGCAGCUUCAAGUUUAGAGCUGUGAAGACAGGCUGCCAUUCAAGUGUUUUGCUUUUUGACAGUACAAGAUGCUGUGUAACUGUUUUAAUACAGCAAAUAGUAACUCUCCAAAUCCUGUUGCUUUUAUGUUAAAUAAGAUAACAAGAAUUGGAGCAUGCAAAGAUGGGACUUGGAUAAUGACUUAAGCUUUAUAUAUAAAGAAUUUUAGAAGAUCUUGGUGCUGCUAUUCCUGCUGGAGGAAUGAAUAGAUGGCUGUUUCAGUUAAGCUAUUAGUAAUAAAAGUGAACAUUGCUACUAUCUGAGCCUACAUACAUAACUUGUGUGAUUUCAAAUUGCAUUAUGUGUUAAUUUUCUUGCAUCUAAAAAAGCAUAGAAUUCCUACUCACACAGCUCAGCAACAACCAUUUUGAUGGUAACAGUUAAUUUCUCUCAUUAGUUUUUUAAAUUCAGGGUUCUGGAUAUUAAAUUAUAAUGGCAUUCUUAAAGAUUUUCUUCAAAAAGCAAUCCUAAAUGAAAGUGUGUAAAUUACAAGAAGCUGGCGAUCUUUUGAUACGCUGUUUCACAGGAUCCUGACACUGGAGGGCAGCUGUCUUGUGCAGUAGUUGUGUUUCCAGCAUCGAAGUUGUGGGAUAUGUUGCUGUAGACUGCUGCGCAGUCCUGGGUGCAUUCUGUGUCUCUGCCUCUGCCUGCCUCCUGGUCCCCCCUUUAAAGGUUGUGCAGCUCCUUAAAUAAUAAAGCUGGAAAACAUUUUUAGUCAGGUUAUCACAUUUGAUUUACAAAAACGCUAACUUUGUUUGAAAUGCAAACAGGUUUGAAAAUAUGUAUUAAGUACUUUGUAUUCUGGAAGCGUGAAUUGCUUUUGAAGUCUGUCAGUAUUACUGGUAUUUUUCAAUAAAGAAGAAUUUUUCUCCAA